UAACCUCAGAAAAUAAUACCCAUUUGCACACGCAACACUCGUGCUGCCUGGCCUUGGUGGUCUGGUCACCUCACCACACCUCGUCGUCUUGCACCUUCCCCUCCCAAACAGCAAGCGCGGUCCCUAUUUAAACCCAGCCUCCCCAUCCAUUCUCCCCAAGAAGAGCUGCAACAUCUAAGUCAUACUAGCUCUUCAAUCUGCACAACGGCACAAGCCUCUGUAGUGCAGAGAACCAAUACAUUCCAUACUCGCCACAUUCUUCAGCAUAGUGCUUCAGUUAAUUGCUCUCUCUGCAGCUGCGUGCAAUGGAGUGCGAGAACGGCCAAUUUGCUGCCAAUGGCACUGGUCUCUGCAUGGCGACGCCAAGCGCUGACCCACUUAACUGGGGAAAGGCGGCGGAGGAGCUGACGGGAAGCCACUUGGAUGAGGUGAAGAGGAUGGUGGCGGAGUACCGCAAACCUGUGGUGACGAUCGAGGGCGCCACCUUGAGCAUCGCCAAGGUUGCGGCGGUGGCCGCAGCUGGCGAGGCGAAGGUGGAGCUCGAUGAGUCAGCUCGUGAGCGCAUCAAGGCCAGCAGCGACUGGGUCAUGAAUAGCAUGAUGAAUGGCACCGACAGCUACGGUGUCACCACCGGUUUCGGUGCCACAUCCCACCGGAGAACCAAAGAGGGUGGCGCUCUCCAAAGAGAGCUCAUCAGAUUCCUCAACGCCGGUGCGUUUGGCACUGGCUCCGAUGGCCAUGUUCUGCCAGCUGGGGCAACACGUGCUGCAAUGCUUGUCCGCAUCAAUACUCUCCUUCAAGGAUACUCUGGCAUCCGGUUCGAGAUCCUUGAGGCCAUUGCCAAGUUGCUCAAUGCCAAUGUCACACCGUGCCUGCCACUCCGGGGCACAAUCACCGCAUCGGGUGACCUGGUCCCGCUUUCUUAUAUUGCUGGUCUCGUCACCGGUCGGGAGAACUCCGUGGCAGUUACACCAGACGGCAGGAAGGUGAAUGCCGCUGAGGCGUUUAAGCUAGCUGGCAUCCAUGGCGGCUUCUUCGAGCUGCAGCCCAAAGAAGGUCUUGCCAUGGUGAAUGGCACAGCUGUGGGCUCUGGUCUUGCAUCGACUGUGCUCUUUGAGGCAAACAUUCUUGCUGUUCUUGCCGAGGUGAUUUCUGCAGUGUUCUGCGAGGUUAUGAAUGGCAAGCCGGAGUUCACCGACCAUCUGACCCACAAGCUCAAGCACCAUCCCGGACAAAUAGAGGCUGCUGCUAUCAUGGAGCACAUCUUGGAGGGAAGCUCCUACAUGAAGCUUGCGAAGAAGCUUGGUGAUCUCGACCCACUGAUGAAGCCAAAGCAAGAUCGGUAUGCACUCCGCACUUCCCCUCAGUGGCUCGGCCCGCAAAUCGAGGUUAUUCGUGCUGCGACCAAGUCAAUUGAGCGUGAGAUCAACUCCGUCAAUGACAACCCACUCAUUGACGUCUCCCGCGGCAAGGCGAUUCAUGGUGGAAACUUCCAAGGUACACCCAUUGGUGUGUCCAUGGACAACACCCGCCUCGCUCUUGCUGCCAUCGGCAAGCUCAUGUUCGCUCAGUUCUCGGAGCUUGUGAAUGACUUCUACAACAACGGUCUACCAUCCAACUUGUCUGGCAGUCGCAACCCAAGCUUGGACUAUGGCUUCAAGGGCGCCGAGAUUGCUAUGGCCUCUUACUGCUCUGAGCUGCAGUUUUUGGGUAACCCGGUGACCAACCAUGUCCAGAGCGCCGAGCAGCACAACCAGGACGUGAACUCUCUUGGUCUCAUCUCCUCAAGGAAGACCGCCGAGGCUGUAGAAAUCCUCAAGCUUAUGUCCUCAACAUUCUUGGUUGCCCUCUGCCAGGCCAUUGAUCUCCGUCAUAUCGAGGAGAAUGUCAAGAUUGCCGUCAAGAGCUGUGUGAUGACAGUGGCCAAGAAGACUUUGAGCACCAAUUCCACCGGUGGUCUUCACGUUGCUCGCUUCUGCGAGAAAGACCUGCUCCAAGAGAUUGAGCGUGAGGCGGUGUUCGCGUAUGCCGAUGAUCCCUGCAGCGCCAACUAUCCACUCAUGAAGAAGCUACGUAGUGUGCUCGUGGAGCGCGCCCUAUCCAACGGCAUGGCUGAAUUCAAUGCAGAGACCUCUGUGUUCGCCAAGGUUGCUCAGUUUGAGGAGGAGCUGCGCACAGUGCUGCCUAAGGCGGUUGAGGCCGCACGUGCCGCUGUGGAGAGUGGCACGGCUGCAACACCCAACAGAAUCAAGGAGUGUCGCUCAUACCCUCUGUACCGGUUUGUUCGUGAGGAGCUUGGAACUGCAUACCUGACUGGCGAGAAGACACGAUCACCCGGAGAGGAGCUGAACAAGGUGCUUGUGGCCAUCAACCAAGGAAAGCACAUCGAUCCUCUGCUCGAGUGCCUCAAGGAGUGGAACGGCGAACCAUUGCCCAUCUGCUAAACUGGGAAUAGAAGGAGUGCUUCUGGGUGCUGAUUAUUUUUCACGUUCUUAUGCCAAUCGUUCUUUGUUGUAAACCUGUCAUGAGCACAGCAGCAAGGCAGGUGCCUAACUGUAAGUUCCAGAACUGGGAUAAAUUAUACUCUUGCUUUGGCAUUCUCGUUGUUUAAAA